AUGUUGGCGUCGUGUUUUUAUUCAUUCUUUGGAAAAUGUAUCCAUAUUAAGCCCUACAUAAUAAGUUCUAAAAUAAUUAAGAAUGGUAAGUUGUUUAGUACAAAAAAGGUACCUAUCAUAUUAAUCGAGAGUGUGAAAGAUAUUAAGAAUAUGAUUAAUCAUAUCGAAACUAUUUAUUGUAAUAAUAGUAAUAAUAAUAAAGAAAAAAGAGAAAAAGGUUUUUUUAAUUUUGAAAAAAAAAAAAUUGGAAUUAUUUAUUUGGAUAAGAAUUGUGAAAAAAUUUAUAAUUUAUGGAAUUAUUAUGAUUUAAGAAAUGAAAAUAUAACAAAAGAGAAGAAUAAUGUAAAUGAGUAUAAGACAUAUCAUCAUAAUGAUUAUAAUAGAAAUAAUAAAUUGAAUCAUAUAUUUAAAUUAUGUUCAAAUGAUGAUGGUGAUAUGAAUAUUAUGAAAAGAAAUGUGAUAGGUAUUUAUGUUCCUGUUGAAAGAAAUAUAUUUUCCUCAAAAAUUAAUUAUUUUUAUCUUUUUAAUAAUUUGAAAGAACUAACGAAAGGUAAAUUAUAUUAUGAAAUGUAUUUUAUUUUACCACAUUGUAUAUUCUUUUUUUCAUUCGUUUCUAUUUAUAAAGAAUUAAUAUAUUAUAAGAAACUCAUUACAUUUUUUAAGAAAUGUUAUAAAAAAAAUAUAAAAAAAAAUAAUAAGAAGAAAAAGAAUAAUAAAAGAAGAAAUAUAUCACAUAUAUGUCAUACAAAUAAAAUAAUUAAUAAUAAAAAUAAAAUUUUAAUAAAUUUAUAUUGUAAAAAGGAAAAGGAUUUAAAAAAAGAAAUUAAAUUAUAUCUUGAGAAAAUUUUUUUUAACACAUUAUAUACAAAAGUUAUUUAUGAAGACUCUAUUGAAUUAUCUUCCUUUUUAUAUAAUUUUUUAGAAAUAAAUUCAAAAAAUGUUAUUGACUUACAAUAUUUAUAUCAAUGUGUUAUAUCAUUAUAUAAUUUGAAGAUUUUAAAACAUGAUAUCUUUGCCACAUCCCUUGUUUUAUAUCCUGAUUUGUAUAAUAAUAUAUUAACAUAUGAAUAUAAAAAGAAAAGGGGAGAAUAUAAAAAAAAUGAAUCAAAUAAUAAUAUCAUUAAUAAAUGUAAACAAAACUAUAGAGACGUAAAUAAUAAUCCACCUAUAAAUAUUCAAGAUGGUGAUAAUUUAUUAAAUAAAUCAACUCGUCAUAAUAUUAAAGACAAAAUAAUGAAUAAUAAUUUAAAACAGGCGUAUCCAGAUGAAUAUUUUAUGUGCAGAAUUAAAAAAAAAUGUGUCUCUAUAUAUAAUAAUAAUGAUAUGAAUGAAUUAUCAAAUUUCGAAAGGCAGCUGUUACAUAUUAUGUACCUUUUCCCAUGUGCUUCAAAAUUAUUGAUAAAAUAUAAAGAUGUAGAAGGAUAUCAUAUUAGUUUUAAGAUUAAUGACAUAUUAAAAAGAUAUCGCUUAUUGAAUUGUAUAAUAAAUAAAUUUAUUAUGAAUAAAAAUAAAGUCAAUGAUAACGUGAAUAAUAAGGAGGAAAAGAAAAUGGAAGGAAGUGUAAUAUGUGAAGGAGGGCAUAAAGAAAGGGCAACAAUUAAUAAGGAAUUUAUACAAGAUUGUAAUAAUUCAAAUGGAUAUUAUAAUAAAUCGUUUGAUAAUUUUAAUGAAGCGUCUGAUAAUUUUAAUGAAGCGUCUUAUAAUUUUAAUAAAUCGUCUGAUCAUUCUAAUAAAUCGUCUGAUCAUUCUAAUAAAUUGUCUGAUCAUUCUAAUAAAUUGUCUGAUCAUUUUAAUAAAUCGUAUGAUCAUUUUAACAAAUCUUCUGAAACGAACAAGCAGCCACAUAUGCAUUGUAACCCAACGCUCGAUAACUAUGCGUCUUACCAAGACAAAUUAAUCCUUUCCUUGUGCAAGCAAAUACAUAUUAAGGAAGAUAUCUUAUAUGAGCACAGCUUAAUUAUUGGUAAACACAUAUAUGCAUACAUAUAUGAAAUAAAUAAGACUAGUCAAAAUAUAGUGUUUCGUUUUAACUUCAAUUUGAAAGAUAUUAUAUUUAAAAAUGUGAUAUGUUCAAAAAAUUCUUAUGAUGAGGAAGAUAAGGAGGAAAAUAUAAAAACAUUAAAUGGGUAUUUACAAAAUAUAUACGAAAAUAUGUUUUUAGAUGAUAUUAUAAUAGAACAACGGAAUGAGCACAUUUAUAAUUAUAAAAAUAAUAUAUUAGUAGGACUAUUGCAUGAUAAGGAAAAUAAUUUUCAUUACUUUUCUGAUAAAAAUGUUGGAGAUAUUGUAUUGUGUACCAUAUGUAACAUUUCUUCUUGUGGUAAAUAUAUAUAUAUAGAACGCUUUGAUACAAAAAAUCUUAUAUACAUUUUUCGCAAGGGUAAGUAUGUAAAUUUAGAAAAAAACUAUAAUUAUGAUGAUAUAAAUGAAAUUAAUGAAGAUGUGUUGAAAGAAAUAAUGUAG